CUGGUUUGCCCUAAAUUCUCGUUGCCAAGGAGGGCAUGGUUCCCAUGGCGGCGGGCAAGCGCUCGUAUGGCCAUAUGCUCAUGAACGAUCCAGGUACUUAUCCCUCCUCCGAUACCAGCAAGCGCCACCAGUCCUCGUUCCGGCGAUCCGACAGCUCGCGCGGCGCGGCAAUCCCCGCCUCGCAGCAGCAAUUGAUCCAGCAGCAGCAGGAGGAGCUCUUCCGGAUCCUCUGCCCGGCGUCGCGGAUCGGCAGCGUGAUUGGCAAGGGCGGCAGCAUUAUCAAGACGCUGCGGCAGCAGACCGGGGCGAAGAUCAAGAUCGCGGACGCAAUCCCUGGCUCGGAUGAGCGAGUGAUUAUAAUUGGGGCCUUUGACGCCGAAGGGGGCGGGGACGAAGACUAUCCCGCUGGUAGCGGUGGUGGCUCCGCCGCGGCUCUUGACAAGGAUGAUCGAGCAAUGGACGAGUACACGAAUGGGAGGGAUGUGGCGUGUCCGGCCCAGCUAGCGCUCUUCAAAGUCCACUCGCGGAUCCUCGACGCCGACAAGUAUGAGGACGAUCUGGACGACUCGGAUAGCGUGGAGGAGGAUCUCUCGGAGAAAGUUGUGACGAGAAUGCUUGUUCCCGAGAACCAAGUUGGCUGCUUGCUUGGGAAGAAGGGGAGGAUCAUCGAGCAGAUGCGUGAGGAGACGGGGUCGCAGAUCCGGAUACUUCCCAGAGAGCAGCUGCCGGUGUGUGCAUUGCCGACUGACGAAGUUGUCCAGGUUGUAGGGGAUCGUCCUUCCGUGAAGAGAGCUCUAAACGCGAUCUCGACUCGCUUGCUGGACAAUCCGCCAAAGGAUCGCCCCUCGAGUGCAUCCUUCCAGUCCGGCAACUUUGGUGGUGGUUCCAGGAGCUCCGGUUUUCCAGCUAGCGAGCCUUAUAUCCCGCAACAUACUUCGCUGGCACCUCAAACAAGGCUACGAGCUGAGCCGCGAAGUGAUUCUGGUGACAAUGGCUAUCAGUUGCUGCGACCGACAGCGCCUGGUUUAUCAGAGUUUGGGACCGGCAGACACUUGGUUCCAAUGGACGAGGAGCUGGUCUUCAGGAUUCUGUGCCCAAGCGAAAAAAUUGGGAACAUAAUCGGCAAGUUCAUCCAGACGCUUCAAGAGGAGACAGGGGCGAAGAUCAACGUUCCGGAUGCGGUUCCCGGCUGCGAAGAGAGAGUCAUCAUCGUAUCUGCUGUUGAGUCCCCGGAUGAUGACCUCUCGCCCGCUCAAGAGGCUGUUUUUCAUAUCCAGGACAAGCUCAGGGAUGAUGGAGGAGAGACGUCCGAGCGUGUUGUCACUAGGCUGCUGGUUCCAUCGAAUCACGUAGGCUGCCUUCUGGGAAAAGGUGGCAACAUCAUAAGUGAGAUGCGGAACUCGACUAGAGCCAUCAUCCGAGUUCUAGACAGAGAGCAGCUACCACUUUGUGCUCUAGACAAUGACGAGGUCGUCCAGGUUUUAGGCGAAAUACGUGUUGCCCGUGAUGCUUUGGUACAAAUCACCUCAAGACUGCGAGCUAACCUGUAUAGAGAGAAAACUGACCGCUCUGACGACUAUGGAUACCAGAGAUCCACUUCCCCGUUGUCGAACUUCGGUUUGCAAGCGAGUCAGCCACCCGGCAUUCAAGCUCCGAGAAGUCCUCCGUCAUGGUUACUACAACAGACCGAAAGAGGAGCCUACAAUGGUUUGCCACGGCUUACAAGCUAUGCUGGAAUCGAGAGAAGCUAUGGCUUGGCAGGAGAUCGUUCGGCCUUGCCGACUGGCCUUACCAACCUCAGCGUCGUCACGUCAACCAAGAUCGAUGUUCUCAUCCCUGAAGUCACUUUUUCUGCUGUUCUUGGACAAAAUGGAGACAACUUGACACAGAUUUCCAAGAUGUCCGGAGCUAAAGUCACUCUCGCCGAUGGAUGCACUGCCACCGGCGAUAGAUUGAUCGAGAUAUCUGGGACUCCAGAUCAAACCAACAUCGCCAAAACGGUCGUGGAAGCAUUCGCGGCGUCUGGAAACAAGAGGAGCUAGCGAGAAGAAAGGAGUGGUUUAGGAAUAAAAAAUUGUGUGUGUUAAAGAAAGAUUACAUUACUUUGCAAA